AUGUCACUGAAGUUGAAGAAACCAUCUACUCCAAAUAAGAGUGCAAGUAAGGUGAAUGGAACUUCCUCAGGAAGUGGUUCCAAAAAGAAGCAACUGUCUCUUAUGUCAUUCUUUAAGCCUGCUAGUAAACCUGGACAGGAGUCUUCACCAUUAAAAAGUAAAAAUAAUAGUGAAGUUAAAGAUGGAAGCGAUAAAGAGAAUGAAAGAAGUAUACUAGAAGAUACUCAAUUAACAGAUACACCUUUAACUUCAGAAACCAGUGCCGCCGUGGAUACAACAUACAAAAGAUCAAAGCCCGACUUUCCAGGGUCAUCUCCAGUCAAGCAAGAUAACCUACAAGAGAACCCUAAAAAACCUUUAUCGGAUUCAUCAAACAACGCUGUUCCUAAUUCGAGUCCAGUUUCGAAACGUAGUUCGAAUAAAUCUAUCAGCUACGCAGAAUCAGACGCGGACGAGGAUGCUAAUAUUUCUCAAGCAUCCCGCAAAAGAAGAAAGAUCGUGGAAAGUGAUGAUGAUGAAGAUGAAUUUAAUCCAGAAGAUGCAGAAGCUGACGAAGAAGAUGACGAUGAUGAUAUGAGUGACUUUGUCGUGGAUGAUAAUGAUGAGAGCGGUAUAGAUGACGAAGAAGAGGGGAUAGAAAAUGAAGACGAAGGCAUAGAAGAAAUCAGUAUAGCAAAACCAAAAAAGAAGAUUAGAGCUUCUGCAAAAAUAGAAGUAAAAAAGGUCAACACAGACACUGUACCAUCGGGUCAAAGCUCAUUAGGCAAUAAAUUUAAAGCAAAUUCCUCUUACACUGUAUCUUCAGGUUCAUUGCCCAAACCAAAGGAUUCAAGGCCAUCUUCAACUAUGACCAAGAAUAAUAAGUUUUCAAAAGAAAAUGAAGAAAGAUAUCAAUGGUUGGUUAAUAUUAAAGAUGCAGAGAAGAGAACACCCGACGAUCCUAACUAUGAUUCAAGAACGUUAUAUGUUCCUUCGUCAGCCUGGUCAAAAUUUACUGCAUUUGAGAAGCAAUACUGGGAGAUUAAAUCUAUAAUGUGGGAUACUGUUGUUUUCUUUAAGAAAGGAAAAUUUUAUGAAUUAUAUGAAAAUGAUGCAAUGAUUGCAAAUUCUCAAUUUGAUUUAAAAAUUGCUGGUGGUGGAAGAGCAAAUAUGAAAUUAGCUGGAAUCCCAGAGAUGUCUUUUGAUUACUGGGCUAAGGAAUUCAUCAAUCUGGGUUAUAAAGUCGCUAGAGUAGAUCAAAAGGAGACUUUAUUAGCCAAAGAAAUGAGAGGAGGUUCUACUAAGGAGGAAAAGAUUAUUAAAAGAGAGUUAACAGGAGUAUUAACUGGAGGUACGUUGACCGAUUUAAACAUGAUAAGUGAUGAUAUGUCUAUUUACUGUUUAAGUAUUAAGGAAGAACAAUUGGACAAUGGUAGCAAAAUGUUUGGUAUCGCUUUCGUCGAUACUGCAACAUCCGAAUUAAAUUUAAUCGAAUUUGUUGAUGAUAAUGAAUGCACCAAGCUAGACACCUUAAUCGCUCAGAUUAGACCAAAAGAAAUCCUAUGCGAGAAGAAUAAUUUAUGUUCCAUUGCUAAUAAGAUUUUGAAAUUUAAUGCACAUAAUUCGAAUCAAAUUUGGAAUAAUUUAAAUCCAAUUUCGGAAUUCUGGGAUUAUGAUUCAACAUUAGAAAAUUUGGUUAAAAGCAAAUAUUACGCAGCCGAAGAUUUAGAUGAUUAUUCUAAUUUCCCUAGGAUUUUAGUUAGCUUCAAAGAUAAUCAUAAAUGUGCGUUCAAUGCAUUUGGGGGGUUGUUAUAUUAUUUGAAGUCAUUAAAAUUGGAUGAAAGUAUCAUGACCUUAGCUAACAUUAAUGAAUACGUUAUUUCGAAAAACUCUUCUAAGCAUUUAAUUUUAGAUGGUAUUACAUUGAAUAAUUUGGAAAUCUUAAACAACUCAUUUGAUGGCGGGGAUAAAGGAACUUUAUUCAAAUUAGUGAAUAGGGCAAUUACACCUUUUGGAAAGAGAAUGUUAAAGCAUUGGGUUUUGCAUCCGUUGAUGAAGAUAGAAGACAUUAACGAAAGAUACGAUUCCGUAGACUAUUUAAUGGGUGAAGGUAUAAAAUUCAGAGAAAUUUUGGAACAUGCAUUUAAUGGUUUGCCUGAUUUGGAAAGAUUAUUGGCGAGAAUUCACAGCAAGACGUUGAAAUUUAAAGAUUUCUUGAGAGUCGUAGAAAGUUUUGAAAAAAUUUCGAAAUUAGUGGUAGAUGUUCAUGAUUUUUCAGAUAGUGAAACGGGGUCUUUACAUAAGUUUGUUAAUAGUUUUCCCGCAGAACUAGAAAAUUGUAUCAAAGAAUGGGACGAUGCAUUUGACAGACAAGAAUCAAUGCGUGAUAUUGUCGUUCCAAUGAAAGGAAUUGACAAUGAGUUUGACACAUCCCAUGCUAAGAUUAAUACGCUUGAAAGUGAAUUGAAUGAGCAUUUAAAGAUUUACAAGAAGCAAUAUAAAUCCAAUGAGAUUUGUUAUAAAGAUUCUGGUAAGGAGAUCUUUUUAAUAGAAAUGCCAAAUAAGAUAAAAAAUAUACCAAAGGAUUGGCAGCAAAUGGGGUCAACAUCGAAAGUCAAGAGAUUUUGGUCGCCAGAAGUACGAAAAUUGGUUAGGGAAUUAAUGGAACAGAAAGAAACGCAUAAGAUGGUUUGCGAGACUUUGAAAUUUAGGAUGUAUGAAAAAUUCAAUAAAAAUUAUUCAAUUUGGAUAUCAGCCAUACGGAAUAUCGCUAAUAUUGACUGUUUAAUUGCAUUGACGAAAACUUCUGAAUCUAUUGGAUAUCCAUCUUGUAGACCACAAUUUGAGAAAGCAGAUAAAGGAUUGAUCGAGUUCAAAGAAUUAAGACACCCCUGUUUUAUUGGAACAAAAGAAUUUAUACCCAAUGACAUUUGCUUGGGAGGAUCAGAACCGAAUUUUGGACUUCUUACGGGUGCAAAUGCUGCGGGAAAAUCUACAAUUAUGAGGACAACUGCAUUAGCAGUCAUGUUAAGUCAAAUCGGGUGUCAUGUUCCUGCCAGUCUGGCACGGUUGAAUCCAAUCGACAGAAUUAUGACAAGAUUAGGGGCUAAUGAUAAUAUAAUGCAAGGAAAAUCCACAUUCUUCGUUGAAUUAUCAGAGACUAAGAAAAUCUUGAGUAAUGCAACUCCAAACUCAUUGGUCAUUUUAGAUGAAUUAGGAAGAGGUGGUUCUUCUAGUGAUGGUUAUUCGAUUGCUGAAUCUGUUUUAUACCAAUUGGCUACUCAUAUUCAAUCGUUGGGUUUUUUUGCAACGCAUUAUGGUUCUCUAGGGUUAUCUUUUAGGAACCACCCUCAAAUCAAACCUUUGAGAAUGGCAAUUUUAAUCGACGAUCAUUCUAGAAACAUCACAUUCUUAUAUAAGUUAGAACAAGGAGCUGCACCGGGAUCGUUUGGUAUGAACGUGGCAUCUAUGUGUGGCAUUUCUAAUGAAAUAGUUGAUAAGGCCGAAAUCGCGGCAAAGGAAUAUGAGCAGACUUCAAGAAUUAAGAGGCAGAAUGAUAUAAGUAACGCGAAUCUCAAUAACUUGAGCUUAGGGUUACAGAGUGAUUUUGCUUGGCUAGUGAACAAUUAUAAAAAGCUUUCUGAGGAUAUUUUGGAUUAUGAUGAAUCGGUGAAGCAAAAUGCUUUGACUAACAUUUUUACUAUGGUAGAAAAUCUAUAA